UUUUAAUUAAUCAAAACAUCCUAUCCUUCCCAUUCCAUUUCUCCAAGUUUCGGUGCAUUCACUGAACCCAACCAACAAAAAAAAAAAAAAAAAAAAAAUCAACAGAACUUGUUCAUCACACAUUUUUCUGGUUUCCAGAAUCUCUCUGUAACUCCACCAUUUCAUUUUCUCUCUCCUAGGGUUUUGCAUUAAUUUGUAUAAUCAACCAUGAAAAUUCAAUGUAAUGUCUGUGAGACGGCCGAGGCGACCGUACUUUGCUGCGCCGAUGAAGCCGCCUUGUGCCAUGAUUGCGAUGAGAAGGUUCAUGCUGCUAAUAAGCUUGCUAGUAAACAUCAGCGUGUUUCUUUGUCCAACUCUUCUUCUCACAUGCCCAAUUGCGAUAUUUGCCAGGAAACAGUUGGCUACUUCUUUUGCCUUGAAGACCGAGCUUUACUUUGCAGGAAGUGUGAUAUUUCCAUCCACACUGCAAAUGCCUUUGUCUCAACCCAUCAAAGAUUUCUAUUAACUGGAGUAAAAGUGGGACUUGAGCCCACGGAACCUGGUUCUUCUUCUUCUGUAGGGAAAAGUCAUUCUGGAGAGAAAGUCUCGGAUGGUGAAAAUCGUGCUACACUAAAGAGGAGUGCUCCUGCAUCAACCACCACUGAAUAUGCCAAAGCUGACCCUGUUCAAAGAGGAAUUGAGGCUCUUAUGCCAUCUAAGAGGAGCAUGACAAAGCUAGUGGCCAGUGAAUUUCCCAAAAUUCAACCUGUGCAAAGUAGUGCUCUUGAGGACAUAACUCAAUCUAGAAUGACUGUAGCUGGUGGUUCUGCUGCAGGAACCCUGCCUCAGUGGCCCAUGGAUGAGUUUCUUGGACUGAAUGACUUCCAAUUAAAUUAUGGUUUCCCCGACAAUGGAUCAUCAAAGGCUGACAGUGGCAAGCUUGGAGACUCCGACUCUUCAAUUCUAAGGUCCAUAGAAGAUGAUUUGGAUAGCGAUGAUCGGUUGGGCCAGGUUCCAGAUGUUUCUUGGACAGUGCCCCAGGUGCCAUCACCACCCACUGCGUCAGGACUGUAUUGGCCCAAAUCGUCUCAGCACAUGGUUGACAAUGCUGUGUUUGUGCCCGAUAUAUGCUGGCCACAGGGGCCAAAUUACUUCCAGUAAACGCCGUGAUGGUAAAAAUGCAGUGCUAGCCAAUCUAUUUAGGUUUAUACUAUUUAAAUCUAGCAGGUCGACCUAGUGGUUUAGGUAUCAACAUAGUUUAGUGUAAUAUUCUUGUGGUGUACUCAAAUGUGCUAGGGAUUUGUUAAUUUUUCAAAAAAUGUCUGAUGAUGGUUGGGACUUCACAAUAUGAUGUAUCUUUAUAAUAACUUAUUCAUAAGGGGGGAAAAAAAUAUAGAAUCUGUAUUCGAAGUGGGGAAAGUAAAUACGCCACAAGACUGGAAAGACCUGUUAAUGUUGUGAGAACAACUUUAUUUUUUCGCUUUAUGUUUUUUAUUUUAUUUUUCGAGCAAAUUUCACUUUAAGUCAUUCUGUUCAAAUUUA